AUGUUUAAAAUACGUAGGAUGAAGGAUGUGGAGCCCACUGCUAUUGGGCAAGUGAACAUCAAAAAGAGGUCCAAGGUGCCAGGAGUGAUGAUCACUCAGUUUGUAGAGGAAGUCCCCGCUGGCAUGAGCACCCCAGAUUUCACCCGAAAACCCAUCGCGCUGACAAUUCAAGAAGGAAAGCUGGCCAUUUUCAAAGCAAUUGUUAUCGGCAAACCAGCGCCGACGGUGUCGUGGACGAGAAAUGAUGGGGAAAUCGAUCCAGAGAAUUACAAAAUGGUCUAUGACGCUCAUUCCGGUGAGCACACUAUACAGAUACCGGACGUAGCAGUUGAGCACACCGACAUCUACAAGUGUUUUGCCAGAAACGAGUAUGGACAAGCUGUCGUUACUGCUGUUCUAAAUGUCAUUGAGGUUGGCUAUAAAAAGAGCAGAGCCUUGCAGCAAUCGAGAACAGCUAUCCGCGAAAUCCCUGAAAACUUCAAGAAGGUCUUAAAAAGCACAGCCGGCGCGGGACCUAAGCCUGAUGUUAAACGAGUUAUCGAUGACAAGUUUUGGGACCUUUUAUUGAGCGCUGAUAAAAAAGAUUAUGAGAAUAUCUGCAGUGAGUAUGGAGUGACCGAUUUUCGCUGGAUGCUGAAAAAACUAAACGAAAAGAAGCUAGAGAGGGAAGAGGAGCAAGAAAAGGUUGUGGAGAGGCUUUGCAAUCUAAGGCACAUUGAAUUGAACGGUACUGGAGCAGAGUUUGAACUUGAAAUGUCCCUCAAAGACCCUACAAGCAAAAUCUUCUUGUAUAAGGAUGGCGUGAUGGUUCCUUUUGAUGAUGAUGUAGAGGUUAAACAUGCCUUAAAGCAAGUGGGGAAGAAGUUUGUGUUCAGCAUCAAUGGUAUUAAUCCAGAGGAUGCUGGAUUAUACCAAGUGGAGAUUGAUGGAGUCAAGAUCUUCUCGACUGAAUUAAAAACGGACAAUGACCCAAACUUGGUUGGAAAGAAGAAAGCUCGCAAAACCACACGAGCAGGAGGCGGCGGAGCGGAUCUGCUAAAGAUCGCUGAGGACCAACAGGCCAAAUUACAGAAGGAGAAAGACGAAUUGCUCGCCAGGGCCAAGGCGGAAGCUGAAGCUAAAGCUAAGUUAGAAAUGGAAGCUAACAUUGAAGCAGAGGCUGAAUCCAAAACAAGAGAAGAGGUCAAAGCUAAAACAGAAGAUAAAACCAAAGCAAGAGGAGAGACUAUAGUUCAAUAUAAUACAAAUGUUACAACUAAACCAGAAAAAGAAACUAACCUUGAAGAUAAUGCCAUGAAUGAAAUUAAAGAAAAAGGCGAGACGAAGGUUAAAGCAAAAGGAGAGACUAGAGUUAAAACUAAGGGAGAGGAUACGACUACAGAAAAAGCAAAGACAGAAGUUACAACUAAGGCAGAGGAUACAACUACAGCAAAAGGAAAGACAGAAGUUACAGCUAAGGCAGAUGAUGCCACAAAAGCAAAAGGAGAGACUGAAGUUCCAGCUAAAGCAGAGGAUAAAACUAAAGCUGAGGGGGACUCUAUAACUAAGGUUAAAGCAGUGGAUGAAGUUAAAGCAAAACCAGAAUCCAAGUCCAAACCAAAGGAGAAAGUAAAGGCGAAAAAAGUGACAGUUGAGAAGAAAGCUCAAAUUAAAGAUGAUGCCAAAACAAAAGCCAUUGAAGAACCAGCAAUGUCAGAAAAGAAGCAACAGGUAGAAGAAAAAGAAGAGAAAAUUGAAAUAGAAAAUGAGGAAUAUGAAGAGGAUGAAACGGAAGAGGAAGAAGAGGAAGCAGAAUUGGAAGAAGAGGAGGCAAAGCCUAAGGCAAACAAGUCACAAGCAAAGAAAGCUGAGGCUACUGCAGAUGCCAAAAUCACCGAUGAUACUGAGGAAGAGGAGACCAUCUUGGAGAAAAAGAAAAGAGUGAGAAAAGGCCCGCUUGUUCCCGAUACCGUUAUUGACACGGGCGUUUUCUUCACCAGUGGUCUGUCUGACAUCAACGCCAUCCUUGGCACAGAGGCCGAGUUAGUCUGCAAAUUAAGCAGUGAGGACUGUAAAGGAAUCUGGUUCAAAGAUGGCAAAGAGAUGAAAUCCACAGAUGAUGUCUCAAUUGUUGAAGACGGAAGCUAUCGCAAGCUUUUGUUUAAAAACUGUAAAGAAGAAGAUUCUGGAAAGUACCGCUUUGAAGCCGAUGGCCGUAAAACGGAGGCGAUGGUGAUCGUUGAAGAUCCCCCGAGAAUGAACAAGGAUGACCUCAGUGAGUUCUUAAAGCCGGCUAUCGUUAAAACCGGAAAGGAUGUGGCCUUUAGGAUGUCCUUUGUUGGCCGGGAGCCCAUGAAAAUCCAGUGGUAUAACGAAGGCGAAGAGCUGGUGGAGGACACGCGCACCAGAAUUGAAAAGUCCUCCACACACACUCGCCUACAGCUGCUCAAGUGCAAUCGAAAAACCUCGGGGGAAAUAAAGAUAAAGAUUAAAAAUGAAUUUGGAACUAAAGAGGCGGCCACUCAACUCGUUGUUCUCGACAAACCAACUCCGCCACUUGGCCCCGUAGACAUCAUCGAAAGUUCAGCACAAUGUAUCGAGUUCAAAUGGAGGCCUCCCAAAGACAAUGGAGGCUCCCUUAUAACAGAUUACAUCCUGGAACGCCAACAAAUCGGCCGAAACAGUUGGAAGAAACUGGGCAAAACGGGUCCCGAAGCCAAAUUCAGGGACUCGGAUGUGGAUCACGGAAGAAAAUACUGCUAUCACAUCAGUGCGAAGAACGAUCAAGGCAUCAGUGAUAUGAUGGAAACAGAUGACAUUCAAGCAGGAACCAAAGCAUACCCCGGACCUCCCACCGGUUUGAAAGUUGUAAGUGCUUUUAAAGACUGCAUCAACCUUACAUGGUCUGCCCCUUCAAACACUGGUGGGACCAAUAUUUUGGGAUACAAUGUUGAGAAAAGAAAGAACGGCAGCAACUUGUGGGGCCUUGUCAACGUACCAGAUGAGCUUGUCAAAGGAAAAAACUAUGCUGCGAAAGACGUAGUUGAAGGCAUCGAGUAUGAAUUCCGCGUGACAGCGAUCAAUAUUUCCGGCGCCGGAGAGCCAAGUGCACCUUCUGAGCUUGUUUUUGCACGGGAUCCAAAAAAGCCUCCUGGAAAAGUCAAAGACCUGAAAGUGACGGAUUCUACGUACAGCACCUUGUCUCUGAGCUGGACAAAACCAAAGGAAGAAGAAGGGGUCCAGGAUGAAGCCAAGGGAUAUUUUGUGGAGAUCAGACCUGCAGAAGACACAGAAUGGGGUCGCUGUAACUCUAGCGCCAUCAUUACGAACUCCUUCACCAUAAUGGGUCUAAAGUCAAUGGCCAUGUACUGGGUGAGGGUGUUAGCCACCAAUGAGGGUGGAGAUGGUGAACCUCAAGAGUUGGACAACUAUAUAACUGCAAUGCCUCCACCAGUGAAACCUCACUUUACUGACAGAAAAAUCAAAAACUUUGUUGUAACGAGAGCUGGCAACUGCACAAGGAUCAACUUUAACUUCCAGGCUUCUCCAUUACCGACGAUUACAUGGCUUAAGGAUGGUAUGCCUCUUCCCAAGCACGUCACAGUGAGCAAUACCGAUACAUCAUCGCAGUUAAUGAUCGCGUCAUCUGAGCAUCAAGACACUGGGAUCUACACUCUGAUCUUGAGGAACAUCGUUGGUCAGGAGGCAUGCACUAUUGAAAUAAGAGUCACAGAUGACCCCAGGCCUCCAGGUCCAGUGGAGUUAGAAGAGAACGUUUCUGCAACGGUGACCAUUUCUUGGACCGCAUCUCCAGAUGAAAAAAAAGAUGACAGGCUGCACUACAUGAUCACCAAGCGUGACUCUGUCAAGCGCACUUGGCAAACAGUGGCGGACCAUCUCUUCAACAACAAGUUCACUGUCAUUAAUAUCUUGCCAGGAAGACAGUACAAGUUCCGUGUCUAUGCCAAGAAUGACAUGGGAACAUCUAAACCCUCGGAGUCGCUAAAUUGGGAAGUGAAGAGAGAGAAAGGAACAUUUUCUUUGGAUCUGCCGGCCUCAAAGGACUGCAGUUUUGAGGCUGCUCCCGCCUUUUCUGUCCCGCUAAAAAUGCGCAACACUACAGAAAGCUACCAGUGCUACAUGAGCUGUGCUGUGACUGGAAACCCCAAGCCCACUGUAACUUGGUACAGGAAUAACAUCAGCAUCAAUGCCAACAGCAAUUACUACAUCACCAACACGUGUGGGGUCUGUUCCAUGGCCAUACUCAAAGUGGGGUCCAAGGACAGCGGGGAGUACAUGGUCGUUGCAGAAAAUGCUCUGGGCAGAGUAGAAUGUUCAACUAAACUUGCAGUCAAAGGUGAAAUGUAAUUUUCAUUUGCUGUCUAGAAACACAUUUUAAGCAUGUUUUUUUUUUUUAAAUAUAU